AAUGUACAAAAAUAAAUAUCGUGUUGCGUCUACGAUCGAGCCUGCUUUUAAUGGUUUGGUCCGUUAUGUUAGCGACUGGUGGCGACCAUAGGUACUUUGAUUGUGCUCUCUCGUUUUCAACUUCGCGUAACACUUUGACCAGUAGUUGUUGAGUCCCCAACCUCUCGAGAAGUUAGUUCACGCCGGGGCAGAUCUCUCACCUACCGACUCGCGACACAUCACGGUUAUGGCAGAGGACCAGGAAACGCGAGCGAGGAUGAAUAAAUUAAUAAGACAAUUUCUCCGAUUUAUUACUCGAGAAGAUAAAGCAAAUCAGGCCAAGAAUGGUACAGUAGCAGUGAAUUCCAGAAAAAAAUCAAUGAGCUUCACUUGUAAUGUGUGUUCGAUGUCAUUCAAGCACAAACAUCAUAUUUUGAGGCACACACAAAUGCAUUUAGGCGUUAAAUCUUUUCAUUGCAAUAUAUGUAAUAAAUGGUUUAGGGACCAGUCUAAUUUGUCUAAUCACAAAUACACCCACACUGGGGAAAAGAAGUUCAAGUGUUCCGAGUGUGGAAAAACAUUUAUGAAAAACGACAAUUUAAAAGCUCAUUCAAGGACUCAUUCUCUCGAAAGGCCUUAUAGCUGUAAUCAUUGCGAAAAAGUGUUCACAACAAAUGGAAAUCUUACCAGACAUGUGCGAAAUGUGCACAAAUGCGUUUAAAUUAAUAAUUAUUAUUAUGAUGUUAAGUGUUCAGUUCUAAAAAUUGUUUAAUAAAUAUAUAAAUCGUGUUAUUCACUAAGGAUUAUAUUUCACAAACAAAGAAGUAUCAUUUAUUCAGCACAACAUUAACAAAAUUUAAUAGCAUAAUAAAGAAUAUAUU